CAAAAGAGGGAGAUAUCCGUCCACCCCCAUUCCUCAUAGGUUAAGAUUCCUAUACCCCAUCUGGUUGAAUCUAAUCUCUCUCUCCCUCUCCAACUUUCAUGGAGUCCUCUUGCCUCCGUCUCCAUCUCCAGCCCCACCACCUCCUCUCCCCCACCACCACCACCACCACCAUCGCCCUCCGCCUCAACUACCUCCACCCUUCUCCUUCCACCCCUUCCCUCCUCCGCCUCUCCUCCUCCUCCUCCUCCUCCCGCAACCCGAGUCAGCACCUCCUCCUCCUCCCACUUCGCUGCUCUCCCGAUUCCCGAGUAGAAGUCUCCUCCGACUCCGACCUGGCCCCGAUCCCUCCGUCGCAGCGCACCUUGACGGCGCUGGACAUGGCGAGCCUGUGGGUGGGGAUGGUGGUGGGCGUGCCCUCCUACUACCUGGCCGGGAGCCUCGUCGACCUCGGCAUGUCGUGGUGGCAGGGCGUCGCCACCGUCGUCGCCGCCAACCUGAUCGUCCUCGUCCCCCUCGUCCUCACCGCCGUCCCCGGCGCGGCCCUCGGCGUCCCCUUCCCCGUCCUCGCCCGCGCCGCCUUCGGCCUCCGCGGCGCCCACGUCCCCGCCCUCCUCCGCGCCCUCGUCGGCUGCGGCUGGUUCGGCAUCGAGUCCUGGAUCGGCGGCCGCGCCGUCUUCCUCCUCCUCCCGCCCUCCCUCAAGUCCUCCCCGGCCGCCCUCGCCCCCGUCUCCUGGCUGGGCACCUCCCCUCUCCAGUUCUCCUGCUUCCUCCUCUUCUGGCUCGCGCAGCUCGCCGUCGUCCUGCGGGGCAUGCGCGGCAUCCGGGAGCUCGAGAAGUACAUCCCGCCCCGCCUCACCCGCUCCCAGUUCUGGGCCGUCUUCUUCCCCUCGCUCACCGCCAACGUCAGCUUCUGGGCCACCGUCGCGCUCAACAUACCCGACUUCUCCCGGUUCGCGCGCAGCCAGGCCGACCAGAUCGUCGGCCAGGCCGGCCUCCCCGUGUUCAUGGGCCUCUUCACCUUCGCCGGCCUCGCAAUCACGUCCUCCACGGAGGUCAUCUUCGGCCGCGUCAUCUCCGAUCCCAUCCAGCUCCUCGGCCGGAUCGGCGGCGGCCUCCCGACCACGCUCGUCGCCAUCUUCGGCAUCAGCCUCGCCACCAUCACCACCAACAUCGCCGCCAACGUGGUCGCGCCCGCCAACGCCCUCGUGAAUCUCAGCCCCCGCAGGUUCACGUUCGCCAGGGGAGCGCUCGUUACUGCGCUGCUGGGGAUCGCGUUCCAGCCCUGGCGGCUGCUGAGCUCCAGCGAGAGCUUCGUCUACACGUGGCUGCUCGGCUACUCCGCACUCAUGGGGCCGAUCGGGGGGAUAAUCCUCGCCGACUACUACCUCGUCAAGCGCAUGGAUUUGGACGUCGCCGCCUUGUACUCGCAGAAUCCUCGCGGGCCCUAUUACUACUGGAACGGAUUCAAUGCUGCUGCAUUGGCGGCUCUCGUCGCCGGGAUUUUGCCGAUAGUCCCGGGGUUUCUGUGCAAUGUGGGAAUUUUGUCGAACACGCGGCACGCAUUUGUUGUGGCCUACAACAACGCAUGGUUUGUGAGCUUCUUCGUCUCCGGUGUGGCCUAUUGGCUUCUUUCCUUACGAAGAGGGAGAGGGAGUGGGGAUAAGCAUCAAUCAGCAUGACGACUAGUGGCGGGAGCUCUGAUGGAAUUAUGAAAAACUCUUUUUAUCCGUUGGUGUCCCGAGUUGGGGGUGAAUAUUCUGGCGCCUUCAGCAUGCAUUUGCAUGCGUAUAUUUAGGUAUCGUUUGGUUCGGGGAUAAGAAAAAAGUGGCUAUUCCAGGAAUAGGUAUAAAUUGAGGUAUAA